UGUUGAUGUUUUGUUUUUGUAUGUGUUUGGUAACCAGUGACUAGUGAGGUUAGGAUGAAAAUGGGAACGUAGUUAUUGUACUGUGUAUAUUUUUAUUCGAAAAUUAAAUUUAUUCGACUUGUUUCACUUGCCUAAUGAAUUUCGUUAUUGGUCUGUGACUUAUUAUAGGCAUAACUUAUUUGUGUUUCAUGAUGAACUAUAAUAGGCCUAGCCUCAUUUUAAAAGAAUGUUAAGGUUAGGAUUGUUGUAGGAAUGUCUCGUGUUUUGAUUACAAUUUAUACAAUUUAUUAGGCCUAGUUGAAAAUGAGUUCAAGUAAGAGUGUCAAAGUAGACACAGCUACUCAGGUAGAAUACAACUUUGUUGAAGCUCGGCGCAUUGUAGGUGAAGAAGACUCAAAAGUGAAAAACCUUUCAAACAGUUUAUCAAGUUUGAGUUUGAGGAAACAGAACAAAGGAAUAAGACCGCCUUUGGUGGGACAAGCUUCAUCUUCCUCGAAUGAUAGUGUGUCACUUUCUUUUGAUUCAAGGACCUCAGCAAGUACACAAGACAGACCUUUUAUGUCACCAACUCAAAUUGGUGCUGAUUCUAAACAAACAAAUAACCUGCCUAAUCGCAAUGACUACAUCAAUCAGAAACCACCUGAAGGAUCGUACAGCAAUAUUCAUUCAUCAUUUCCGCCAAAUGACGGCAAUCAAGAUUUGACACGAGUGCGAUCAUCUUCAUCUGCAUCCAGUGUAACAUCAAGCAGGCCCCUUGAAUGGGACAACGGUGCCGAUGUUGGCUAUAGCCAGUGUCAUAUAAUCAGUGGACAAAUAUCAGAUUCAAAUAUGAGCACCGUUGAAAGAAUGGCAUUAGUUAGAAGCACUAAACUUUUAAGAAGGUCUGAUCCUGAAGGAACUACUGGAGGAACAACCCAACAGGUGGGCCCAAUAAACCCUACACUUUUACCUAAAAUGAGAGUUAAAAGUUUUGGCAUCCCCAAUGCUGAGUCAACACCACUAGGAACAUGCUUAAAAAGUAAUGACAAUCCAGAUAUGGUAGAAUUUAUUUCUCCUAUUCCUUACGAAAAAUCACCAGAUCCUGAAGUUGAAGUAUACUCUUCUGAGUCAGAAGUUUGCGGGCAAACUCUUCUUAGGCCUUCGAAAGAUGUCUGUUCUGAAAAUCAACCCAAUUCAUUAGAAAAACAUAAGAUUCCCCUCUUUCCCGAAUUGAAAAAUUCAACGGCCGACAACUAUAAAGAAAUAAGGAAGGUUGAGACAUUAGAUAUGUAUGGUUUGAUCUGUUUACAAAGCAACAAAAUAAAUAACAGAAGAAUAGACAACAUCGCAGAAGAAUACCCUAGCAAAAUUGAUCUAGGCCUAUUUAAUAAUGGGUUAAACACAAAACAAGGAAAUCCUGACUGCUUGGAUAUGGGUAAAAAGAAGCUAAGUUCAUCCCUGGAAAAUAUUUGUAAUAUUAAUAACGAUGCUUCUUUGGAUGGGAAUUAUAUUGUUUGCAGUCUGCCUAGAAGUCAAAGCCAGACAGAUUUUUAUGAUGACAAAACGUCUAACAUAAAUAUUAGCAGCAAAGGAUCAAGAGGUAAUUAUCUCUUUCAAAAUUUGUUUAAAAACAAAUCAGCAUCAUCAUCUUCUGUAGCAACUGUUGUUCAAAGAAAGGGUGAUUCACCAAAACAUGCAACUAUACAAACAUCAGUUCUUAAAAAACAAUCAGUUGGUACUCAAGUACAUGACGGUCUAAAUGAAAUCCAAUCAAAUGCAUUUCCUGUUAAUCCCUUCUGUGAGACUCUACAUUUGCCUAAAGCAGUUUUGACCCAGUAUAUAACAAACAAAAGCAAUUAUUUUGAUAUUGCCAGUGACCAUAAACCUUCAAGUGCCUUGGUGGACCAAUGUCUCUUGGUAGUAGAAAAAAAUAACAAAGAAAAUGAAUACUCAAAAAGUAAUGUAGGUCUAAUGACUCAUUUUCAUGAUGGAAUUCCUUGUAAAGGCGCGCUUAAAAAAAACAAAGAACCAAAAGAACAUGCAAGUAAAAUUUUACAAAAUUUAAUAGAUGCACCUAACAGAGAUACAAUUAGCCCUACCAAUGUCUCAGUUCCGUCUGAAAUUAAAAUCCAUACAGUUGGUAGUGCUAAUUUGAAUUUCCAAAGAAGAAUCACAAAUGUGGGAUUAAUUGACAGUGUUGAAAGCAGUGCAAAAAGUGGUGGGUGUGGCACUGAUAAACAGUACUCUGUUACUGUUGAAGACAGAGUAAACAGUUUUGAAUAUUUGCCAGGUCAUGUAUAUGAAAACAAUGAAAGACACCAACCUAUUAAUUCAUGUGGCACUUCCUCAAUGUCAAUUGAAAACAAUACUUCAAACAAUGCCACUCCUGAAGAUCAGAAUAAGAAUUGGGAGAGUUCUGGAGGCAGCAUAUUAAGUACUUUUGAUAGAGAUGCUCAAAGAGGGGUUGAUAUACUCACAGACUUUGUGAAGGAAACAUAUGAGAAUGAUUCACUACUAAAAAGAAAGUUAAUAAGCAGAGUGAUUGACAAGUUGAUUUCAAGAAAUAAGCAGAACUAUCAAGAUUUGAUGAAAAAUAUACCAUGGGUUCCACCCAGACCAUCAAAUCCUGUGGAAAGGAAUGCUCUUAAAAAUCCAAAGUCAAAAGUGCCUUGUGAGAUUUCAUCUCAUUCUGAAAAGAGUGGUGCCACAAAUACAUCUUCAGAAUGUUUUAUUCCAAAGCCACUUGAUAGGAAUAAAUGUGUUCCAUCUUUUUACCAGGAGAAUUCAUAUAAAACAAAUGAAAAUGACUCUUCAUCUACCAAUACUUCAAAUUUCACACCUGACAAAGUUGCCUUGAAAGUUCUUGACAGGUCCGCUAAACCAGUCAAGUCAAUAGAUGACAUGAAAAAUAAAGACACUAGAAAACACCAGUUUACAAAACCUUGCGGAUCAUCAAAUAAGGCUUUUAGAACUCACAAUUGGAAAGAGCCAGUUACCAAAACAGAAAAACUAAUUGAAGAAAGAAGGAAAAGACAAAGUGACUCGUCUGGUAGCCAUACUAGUGUGUCUCAACUUCUUGAUAUUGAACGUGAAAAUCAAUUGUUCUGGAUUCGUUCAGAAAUUGACCAUCUGAGUAACUUAAGAAUUUUACUUGAAAGGCAAGAGGAACUGAAGCGUGGUUUGAAAAAUUGCAAAUUAAGACAAGACAGGUGUUUGGGGACAAAAAUUCUGAAAGACCAUAAUAGGGAGGAAAUUGACAAAAUAUCUGCUGCAACCUCUUCACACCAAGAAAAUAAAAAAUCUUCCAUUAUAUCAAGAAGUUGCCAUCCUUCAAAGCUGAACAGAUGGUCAAAAGACUUAGGAGCAAGAUCAACCAGUCAGGAAAAUGAUUUAGAUGGCUGGCUUUCUCAUCAGUAUGAAAACAAUGUAAAUAUCAAAUCCUGCUUAAAAAAGAAGAGUAAAAACCAAACCCAACCAAGUCACUCAAAAGAUGGGGAUAAGGAACAUGUUAUAUAUGAUGAGCCACCCCUGUCAUCUCAUCAAAGGGAAAAGAAAAAUCAGUCAAGUCUUCUAGAUAGAAAUCCAAGUGAAUCUACUCUUGCAGAUUGUUUUAAAAAACAACUGACUGAUGGAGUCACACAGGCCAAUAAACUCAAACAGAAAAAUAGAGAGUCAGGUUGUCAGUGUCCGUGUCAGGGCAAAUGUCAGUGCUGUUCCAAAGCAACAAAAAACACCAAGAAACAGGAACCUGUAGGAUACUACAUCAUAUUUGAUGACCCCAAGAAGAACAAAUCUCAAAUGGAAGGAAAUUGGUUUGAAGAUUCAAGGAUUUUCAGACCCAUGGAAGAACGCAAACAAAAGCCCGCAAGGCUGCAAAAAGAAGGACAAAUCAAAAGUACUAAUGGGAAUGAGAUGAAUAAAGCAGCCAUAGACAAGAUGUCAAAUAUUACAGAAUGUUUCAGUUCUGGCUCAGAACACUCAAGUGAUGAAAGUGUAAAUGAGAGAAGCAAGAGUGAUUCGGAAAGUAAAAAUCAAAUUUUUAAGGGAGGUGCAGGGGAGCUGCAGUACCAUCUGCUACACAAUCGGCCGUCAUAUGUGAGCCGGGCAGAAGACCGCAGACAGUGUAUUGCUCAGAUGCAGUACUUGCGUGAACUGAGCCACCAAAAAAAGCGACAGCAAAUGAGCCUUUCUCAGCCAGACCCACCUAUCAAAUUACGAAGAGUAUUUAGUCAGCACAAAAUGCGCCAAAUGACGGAAAAAAAGUACAGACAAUUAUCAGAAGUUCAAGAAAAACUACAGGAUACUAAAAAGAAGGAGAAUUACCGAACAAACAGACUUAUGGCUGAAGUAUUCAAGAAGGGAGAUAACUACAACAUUGCUGUGAUUGGGGGAGAUAACCACGAUGAUUCCAAUGUUACCUUGAAGUCUGGGAUUUUAAAGGUUGAUCUAGGAUGGAAUCUAGAUAAUAACCUGCAAAAACGAGUGCUUAAAGGAGAAGUCAACCUUUCCAACAGUGUCUUUGUCAUAUCUAGCCUUUAAAACCAUAAAUAUUUUUUUGUAUCAUUAAAACUGUGAAUUAAUCUGG